AUGCAUUCUCUUGUUCCCCCAAAAGUUUGCAUCUUUAUUUUAUAUCAACAGUUCACAAUUCAUCAAAAAUGGUGGAGUAUUAUUUUACUAGUUUAUUUAGUAAUAGUGUUGCUGAAGUUAUUUUUUUUUGUAAAAAAUAAUUCUUUUGUAAAUAAUCAGUUAUUCUACUCAAUUAUGACAAAGUUGCUAUUAGAUCCUGGAAUAAGAACAUGGGUUUUUGUUCCCAUUAUUACACUAUCCUUCUUUAUUGGUAUUAUAAAACAUUAUGUUCAUGUAUUGUUCAGUACUAAAAAACAGGCUGAACUUCGGUCAAUAAAAGAUACUCAUUAUUUAAUACGUGCUAAAUUAUUAAGAGAACAUGGUGGUUUCUUGACGUCGUCUUCUUUUCAAGCUAGAAAAGAAUUUUAUUGUGAUGAUAAUAGUUAUUUUCAAGAAAGAAUGGCAAUGCCUGAUAGGAAGGCAGAUCCUAUGGAUCCAACAGCAAUGAUGGAGAUGAUGAAAGGAAAUGUAAUUAAUAUGAUUCCUAUGAUUGUUAUUGGUGGAUGGGUAAAUUAUACUUACAGUGGAUUUGUAACUCUUAAUUUACCUUUUCCUUUAACUCAUAAAUUUAAACAAAUGUUGCAAAGAGGUGUUGAUUUAACAGGCUUAGAAGCUUCAUGGGUAUCAUCUGCCUCUUGGUAUUUCCUUAAUGUUUUUGGUCUUAGAUCAAUAUAUACACUAGUUUUAGGAGAAAAUAAUGCUAAUGAUACGAUGAUGGAAAGUCAGAUGGCUAUGGCUGGAGCAGGAAUGCCAGGACAACAAGAUGCAAAAAAUAUUAUUAAAUCUGAGUGGGAACAUUUACAAACAUGUAACUAUAUUUGUGCAUUGUAA